GGUGGUGGUGAGGGGUGUGGGUUGUGGGGGCCUCGGUGCAUCUGAGGCAGACAAACAGGGGAGAAUCGGAGCAGCCAGACCGCGGCCCGGGUCACUCAGCCACAAGCUGCAGAGAAGAGACGCUUCCCCGGGGAAGGGGCUGGUGGACGGAGCAGGAGGAGGCGCUGUGCACUCAGCACUGACAGCAAGUAAUUAAGAGGCUAAUGGAGAGGAAUCGAACAUUAAAGAAUUUCCAAGUGCCAGGAGGUCCUGAAGCUGCUGCUGACGAUCCUGUUGCCAGUCGGACAGGGAUUGAUGUAUAACGGCCAGUGAGUUGACGAGUCAAUGUGCUGGGUCAGGCUGAGACUGCGAUGCCUCUGACCACAGCUGCCUGCACUGCCUGGCCAUGCCCCGCAAGAGGAAACGAGUCAGCGUUGGCAGAGCUGGUGGGAUCGUCAGUGGCCCCCAGAGGGGGACGAGCAGAGAGCUGGUGGGAUGCCAGCAUUUUCCCUUUAACGCUUUGCCACCUGAGUGCCAACUCCACUGCUUCUCGUUCCUGUCGGAUGUGGAGAAGUGUCGGGCAGCCCUGGUCUGCCAAGGUUGGAGCCAGCUGAUGAGGACCUCCAAACUGUGGCGGCGGGCAGACUUUACCCAUCUGGGUGCUGUCUGGGGCUGGGAGGGAGCGCUGCUGCCCGUCGCCGGAGACCACAAGCGCUGGAGGAAGUGGGUUGAGGACUAUGCUUUCCACCUGAUGUCGCGCAGUGCCAGUCUCCUGGUGCUACGCGCCAGCUUUGACCUGGGAGAUGAGCAGACCAACUGGACCCAGUUCCUCCUGCGUUUCCUGGAGAGGGUGAACUGCCGGGAUUUAGAGGAGCUGGAACUGAACUGGACCUUCACUCCGCUGGAGCCCUUGACUACUCACCGCCAGCCCAGCAUGACCCAAGUGGGCAUGACCAAGGCAGAGCAGGUCACCAACUUUCAGACCCUGCUGGAGAGGCUGGGCCUCGUCUCACCAGCUCUCCAACAGGCCAGCCUGCCCUUCGAUUGGUCAGAGCAUUCGGUCCAGUUACUGACUAGCUUCCAGCAGUUAAAGUGUUUGGAGCUGAGGAACUUUUGGGUUUUUAAGGGAAUCUGUCCCAGCAGCAUGCAGCAGCUGACCCGUGCCCUGCCUAACCUCAAGAGACUGAUCCUGCAUGUUAUGAUCCCUGUUAGAGACCUGGAGGUCACUUACGCUUUGGAGUCCGCCUCCUUGGAGUUCCUGGAUGUCUCCCAGAGUCGAGGCCUGGUCUUCAGCCUCUUGAACCUCCCUCAGCUGAAGGAGCUGAAGGUCAGGAAGACCAUCAGGGGGAUUAUCCUGAACAGUCAGACCCAGCUGGCGGUCCAGAGUCGCUGGCCUUGCCUCUAUAGUCUUCUCCAGGAGGGGGUGCCCAACCUGCGGACGCUCAACCACCACCAGCUGCUGCCAUCUUGGCGGCGAGAGGCCGAUGAGGAGCUGGCAGAGAUACUGGCACAGGUGUGUUACUGUGUUCAGCACUCCGACACCUGGCUGCUCUGAGCCUCUGUAAAUCAAAGCCCAGGUUCCACCCUCCAAAUAAUUGAGCUGCUCCAGGUUCCUCGUUUCAUUUUCAUCUUUCACUUUCAAGCAAUUUUUACCCCCUCCCUCUCUUACAUCAUCCUCCCCCUUAUCCCGUCCUCACGUCCCCUUUAUCUCCUCACUCACCCCUCCCACACACGUUCUUCUCUUUUAUCAGUAUCCUAUCCCCAAUACUGGCAGGUUCUGAUGGGGACAGUGUAGAUGGAAAUUUACUCUGUAUCUAAUCCACUACUGUACCUGCCCUGGGAGUGUUUGAUGGGGACAGUGUAGAAGGAGCUUUAUUCUGUAUCUAACCCCGUGCUGUAC